AUGCCCACCUCUAAAACCAAAACCAUCCUCAUUACCGGCUGUUCCGCCCACGGCAUCGGCGCAGCCUUAGCCCUCACCCUCGCCCGCCAGGGCCAUUUCAUCUUCGCCACAGCCCGCAAUACCACCAAAAUCUCUGAGUCCCUGAGUGCCCUGGAGAACGUGCAGGUCCUCCCCCUGGAUGUGACAGACUCCGCCACCAUCGCUGACGCUGUGCGCGCAGUGAGAGAACAUGGUCGGGGGCUGGAUAUCCUGGUCAACAAUGCCGGGACGGGGUAUACGAUGCCUCUACUAGAGGCGGACUUGGACCGCGCCAAAGCAGUGUAUGAAGCUAAUGUGUGGGGCUUGCUUCGGCUAGUUCAGGCAUGCAGUGACCUGCUGGUUGCAGCCGAGGGGAGGAUUGUUAAUAUGAGUAGUGUGGGGGCAGUGGUCAAUACACCUCGGAUUGGGAUCUAUUCCUCCUCCAAAGCCGCAAUCACCCAGCUGUCCGAGACGCUUCGUCUCGAACUCUCGCCCCUGGGCGUUAGCGUGCUCUGUAUCAUGGCGGGUACUAUUACCACCGACUUCCAUGCAAAUGAGCCGGAAGUCGUCUUGCUGCCGACUUCCCGGUAUGCAGCUAUUGGACAAACCAUUUCGGAUUGGGCGACUGGACAGGCUGGUCCCCAAGGCUGUUCGGCGGAUGAGUUCGCUAACUUGAUUGCCGGCGAUGUUCUGGGAAGCAGUAGUGCUAAUGGGGGGUUGGUGUGGAAAGGCCCGCAUAGUGCCGCUGUUAAGUUUAUGGCGAGGUGGUGUCCGGGGGGGUUGUUGGAUCGCUUGAUGAGUAAUGGGCAGGGGUUGGAUGAGUUGGUGAAGACCACAAACAAGAACUGA